AUGACGAAUCAUAUUUGCUUCACAUGCUCUUCCUACAACAAUGAAGAACAACCAGUGUGUUUAAUUUGCAAAGAAGUUUUGGCCGCAGAAAGCAUGAAGCCGUCAAAACUGCAACGAUAUUUGGAUACUAAACAUGCAACGUUAUCAAAAAAGCCAAUAGAAUAUUUUGAGCGUCUUUUGCAAACAUCAAAUAAAGAAAAGAACACUUUGGAGAAGUGUGUUACUUUGAAUGAUAAAUAUCUAUUGGCAUCGUAUGAAGUUUCGUAUUUGAUUGCAAAAACGAAAAAACCUUUUACUAUUGGAAAGAAUUAA